AUGUUUGUUCCUCCCAAGCUGUUAAGAGUUUUGGCUUUUGAUACUUCUAUAUCACUUCAAAGAGUGCCAAUGCAAUUAGGAGGUUUAGUUUUUCUGAGAUACGUAUCCAUAACACAAUGGUUUGAGGAUCUGGAUGAUGUAGUGUCAAAUAAUCCAAAUUUAGAGACACGUGUUGUUUCCGGUAAUGGAGCACCAACAAUCCAUUUGCCAUCUAGUAUUUGGAAGCCACCACACUUAAGGCAUCUCGAACUUGGCAAUUCAUAUAUGGUAGAUCCUCCAAGUGUGGAUAAUGAGAAUUUACAAACAUUAUCAUGGGUGGUGAGACCAAUUCAUUGCAGACAAAAGGUGUACAACAAGUUCCCUAACAUAAAAAAUCUGAAAAUUUUCCUGAAGGAUGACAUAGAGCCCAGUCAUAUUAGAGGAUGUUGCAACAAUCCUAUUAUUUUAGAUCAUUUUGACUAUUUGGUAAGGCUUGAGAAGCUUAGCAUUUUGAAUUCUAUUGAUUUGAAUGCAGCGCUUCCAGAAGAGUGUAUGUAUCCUUCAAGAUUGAAGAAGUUGAAGUUGAGUGAGACUAAUAUUUCUGAGGAGGAUUUAAAUGUAAUUGCCAAGCUACCCCAACUUGAGGUGCUCAAGUUGGAAAAUGCCUUCCAUGGAGCUGUAUGGAAAGUUGUAGAAAGAGGAUUUUCUAAUUUAAGAUUCUUGCUCAUUGAAGCUAAAGAACUCAAGCAGUGGGUAGUUGGCCAGAAGCACUUUCGAAUGCUCAGACACUUAGUCUUAAGAUCCUGUAAUUGUUUGGAACAGAUCCCGGAGUGUUUUGAAAGAAUACCGCUGCUGUUGUCAAUUAGAUUGGAGGGGUGUCACUCUUCCCUUUUUGUUUCUGCCAAGCAGUUACAACAGAAUAGAAGAUCCAAUAAGGAUGUUAAGGUUAGAAGCUAA